ACUGUUAAUUUAUCAACCAGCAGUACCGGAGCUCAUUAGUCAUCUUUAUCAGAUACUGCUAACUAUUGGAGGUUUGAUAGAAAUAUCAAAUACCAGAUUAUACUGUUCAGCUAAGCUUAUUACUAUCGCUAUACGGUUAUAGUUCUUAUCCAUAUCUUGUUAUCGAGUUAGGCUCAUCCUUAAGUAAGUAUAGUGCGGCAUCCCCAGUACCACUCACUAGGUUCCCAUAAACCACAAACUACAUACCACAAACCUUAUAAUUUCAUAAAACUGAUAUCUUGUAUCUCAUAUAUCAUAGUAGAUAUCUCGUAGUACUUAUCAAACAUCUCAUAUUCCAGUAUUUUUUUUGCUUUAUACUAAUAGAUUAUAUACAUAUACAUCACAAUCCAAAAUGGUCAAAGCUCGUAAAAUAGCAGUUGUUGGAUCUCGUUCAGUUGGUAAAUCAUCAAUGACAGUAAGAUUUGUCGAAGACCAUUUCGUUGAAAGUUAUUAUCCAACAAUAGAGAAUCAGUUUUCUAAGACUAUAAAUUAUAAAAAUCAAGAUUAUGCUAUAGAAAUAUUAGAUACAGCAGGUCAAGAUGAAUUUAGUAUAAUGAAUGAAAAGCAUUUAGUAGGUAUUCAUGGUUAUCUCCUUGUAUACUCCGUAACUUCCAGACAAUCUUUUGAAUUAGUAGAAGUAAUAAGAGAUAAAAUAUUGAAUUCUAUUGGAACAGAUGUUAUCCCAUUAGUACUCAUUGGUAAUAAAUGUGAUUUAAUUUAUCAACGUCAAGUUGAAACUUCUGAAGGUGAACAAUUAGCUAAUAAAUUUGGAUGUAAAUUCUUGGAAACUUCAGUAAGAGAAAAUCUUAAUAUAAAUAAAGCUUUCGAGAAUUUAAUUGAAGAAAUUGAAAUCAUUCAUAAUCCAACUCCCAAGCAACAAGAUAAAUGUGUUAUAGUUUAAUGAAUCAUCUAUACCAAAUACAGUUAAUGACGCUCUCUACUACUAAUAUAAUCUCAUGUUUAAUGGCCUUUCUUUCAUUCCCACACAUGUUCAACUACUGAUUUCUGUUUAAUUGUGUGAUCUGAUUAAGUUAUACUUCUAUUACUAUUACUAUUCCUACUACUACUACUAUUAUUUAUUAUUAAUUAUUACUUAUGAUUAUUCUUAUUUUUUUAACUAACUCUAUAGUCUUUUAUUAUACACUUAAUAAGCCCACCAGUAACACAUAUAAUACAAUAUUUAUCUUUAACUUUCA